UAGGCAAAGGCCAAAACGCUGCGACAGUAGACAAUAGAUUAUGGCCAUGGGGUGGGCGUAGGUGGCCGAGAGAUGCAUACAUUCAUAUUCAUGUCGGUGGAGAUUUGGAAGAUCGAAAGCACUUGUAUAACUAGUGCGAACGCACUAUAGCAGCCUAAUAAAAGCAAAGGGGGAUCCAUCAUCUACUUGCAGAUUCUACGCACAAAUCAUCUUUCUCUUUGUCUGUAUAUGCUGCAUAUACACAGCUGGAGCUUUGAUUUUGACUUGGGUUGACUUCAGUUUGAGCUUUGAAGAUAGCCAGAAAGGAAGCCUUGAGAAUCGAAAUGCGUUGGUGGGUUGACCUGGAUACAAAUGGCUUCUGCUAAAAGCCAAAUGGAACUCUUUUGAAUUGAAAGUUGGGAUACUGUGGGGCUUGACGUGACGGUUGUGUUUGCAUGCUGCAAAUACGGAGGGGUUUGCAAUGGGCUGUGAAUCUUCCAAAUGUUUGUCAUGUUGUUUUUCAGAAGAGAAUGGACCGGUUCAUGAAGUUCAAAAUCCUGAUGAAGAAGAAAUAAAUGAGGAUAGUGACUUGCCUGCAUUUUGUGAAUUCACUUUUGAACAAUUGAGAAUAGCUACUUCCGGAUUUGCAGUGGAGAAUAUAGUUUCAGAACAUGGUGAGAAAGCUCCAAAUGUGGUUUACAAAGGGAAGUUUGAGAAUCAGAGCCAAAUAGCUGUCAAACGCUUUAACAGAUCUGCUUGGCCUGAUUCCCGACAGUUUCUGGAAGAAGCAAGGGCAGUUGGUCAACUCCGGAACGAUAAAUUAGCAAAUCUUCUUGGCUGUUGCUGUGAGGGCGAUGAGAGGUUACUAGUUGCAGAAUUUAUGCCCAAUGAAACAUUGGCAAAACAUUUAUUUCACUGGGAGACACAACCAAUGAAGUGGGCAAUGCGGUUAAGAGUUGCAUUAUACCUUGCACAGGCUCUAGAAUAUUGCACAAGCAAAGGACGUGCACUUUAUCAUGAUCUUAAUGCUUAUAGAAUAGUCUUCGACAAUGACUGUAAUCCCAGGCUCUCUUGUUUUGGUUUGAUGAAGAACAGUAGGGAUGGAAAAAGUUACAGCACAAACUUGGCAUUCACUCCACCUGAAUAUUUACGGACAGGAAGAAUCACUCCUGAGAGUGUCAUGUAUAGCUUUGGAACACUUUUGCUUGACCUUCUUAGUGGAAAACACAUUCCUCCAAGCCAUGCCCUUGAUCUGAUUAGGGACCGGAAUCUUCAGAUGCUAACUGAUUCUUGUCUAGAAGGUCAAUUUUCUAAUGAUGAUGGAACUGAGUUGGUCAGAAUAGCCUCUAGAUGUUUGCAAUCUGAGCCCCGUGAGCGACCAAAUCCAAAGUCAUUAGUUGCAGCAUUAAUUCCUCUUCAGAGGGAAACUGAGGUUCCAUCUCAUGCAUUAAUGGGCAUACCAGGUGAGAGUGAACCUGUGUCCCUAUCUCCACUUGGUGAAGCUUGCUUGAGAAAGGACUUCACUGCUAUACAUGAAGUCUUAGAAAAACUUGGGUACAAAGAUGAUGAAGGAGCAGCAACUGAGCUUUCAUUUCAAAUGUGGACCAAUCAGAUGCAGGAAACAUUGAAUUCCAAGAAAAAGGGGGAUACUGCUUUUCGGCACAAAGAUUUCAGGGCUGCAAUUCAAUGCUACACACAGUUUAUCGAUGUUGGAACCGUGGUCUCUCCAACUGUGUAUGCUCGGCGUUGUCUAUCUUAUCUCUCGAGUGAUAUGCCUCAGGAAGCCCUCAAUGAUGCAGUACAAGCUCAAGUGAUAUCUCCUGUUUGGCAUAUUGCAUCAUAUUUACAGGCUGCUGCACUUUUUGCCUUGGGCAGGGAAAAUGAGGCGCAAACUGCCCUCAAAGAAGGCACUGCACUUGAGGAAGAGAGGAAUACAACUUCCUAAAAUCAUGAGUGAAUUCAACAUAAAAUUAUCUUUUAAGCCAGUCACAAUCUUCUUUGUUUUCAGCUGAAAUUGCAGACCCUUCAACUUCUAAAUGUAAAGGCUAAUUGGGUACAGCCACGACGUGGAACCUGCAUGUGUGAAUUCAGUCUGGUUUCGUAUAAAACAUUCUUAGGACACAAUUGAAUGAUAGAUCUUAGUCAGCUCAGGGAUGAUGGUAAGAUGAUUCCACUCGCUAUUCAUAAGUGUGGCCCCGGUUCCAGUUCGUCAUCCGUUUCCAUUUUCCAAUCACAAAAAUCAGAAAAGGGUUCAAUGUGAUGCAGGGCAAUAACAUGAUAAUAAAGGUUUCAAGGCCAACAAGUGAAGUUGGAGAGGUUAGACAUGCUGUAAUUUAUGUACAGUGCUAUACAUGGUGUUCUGAGCAGAGAUUGACAAGCUUUCAUUUCUAUCUCUUUUGCAACUUCGAAUUGGUUUCUGCAAUUGUAUAUUAUUUCUUGCUUAAGCUAUUGCAUUGUGGGAUUGAUUUAUAAACUAUUGCUUUAACCUUGUGGGGAGUUCCUGAAAACAUUUUAUAUUUGAAUAGUGGUUUUGCUCUUUUUCUUUCUA